AUGCAGACCCGCGCUCUGACUUCUUUCGUCUUUGCUGCGCUCGCUUCCCUCGCGGUCGCGGCGCCCUCGCCCUCCGGCACCGAGAUGGCGAAGCGCGCGACAUGCACUGUCAACAGCGUCGCGUCUGCAUCCAACCUCGGCUCAUGCUCGAGCGUCGUCAUCACGGCUUUCAGCGUCCCGUCCGGCAACACGCUCACCAUCUCCGCCGCGAAGGGUGCCACCGUCACCAUGACGGGGUCCGUCUCGUUCUCGAAGACGACUUCAUCUGGGCCGCUGUUCACGCUGGACACGGAUGACGUGACCUUCAACGGUAACGGCUACAGCUUCAAGGGCAACGGUGACUUGUACUGGGACGGCGAGGGUACUGGUGGCGGUGUUACUAAGCCUCACCCCUUCGUCAAGUUCAAGGGCUACGGCACGUUCACUGACUUCAUCAUCAAGAACUCCCCCGCACACGCCAUCUCUGUUGGGACGUCUGGUGGAUCGGCGGUCUUCAGUGACGUCUUGGUCGACAACCUGGACGGCGACACCAGUGAUCUCGGCCACAACACUGAUGGAUUCGAUGUCUCCGCCGAUGAUGUCACGAUCAAGGAUUCGACGGUCUACAACCAAGAUGACUGCCUUGCGUUCAACUCGGGCUCUAACCUCGUCUUCGAGAACAACUACUGCUCGGGUGGCCACGGUAUCUCGAUCGGCUCGAUCUCUGAUGCGAAGACGGCUUCUGGUAUCACCAUCUCCGGAAACACUGUCGUCAAGUCCAUGUACGGGAUGCGUAUCAAGGUCAAGUCCGACUCUACCGGCUCCGUUUCUGACGUAACAUACUCGGGCAACAGUAUCUCUGCUGAUGACAAGUACGGCUUCCUGGUCUCGCAGAGCUACUCUGACGACUUCGGCACCCCCGGCACCAAGAGCACGAUCAGCGGCGUCAACUUCACGGGCUCGAAGACCACCGUCACGACCAGCGGCAAGUACCCCCGCGUCGGUGUCGACUGCGGACACUGCACUGGCACCUGGGACUGGUCGCAGCUCAGCGCUACCGGUGGCGAGUCCUCGGACAUUGUCCUCACGGGUGGCGCGAAGAUCUCUGGCGGCAGCUACUAG